CCCCAGAAGCUUCAGUUGGAUGAGGAACGGAGCGGAGCAGCAGCAGCAGCGCGUUUCUCCUCCAGCUGCUGUAGCUCAACCCAACCCGCAUCAUGAACAUGAAGUAAUAACCGCUGGACGCGCUGGACUGGAUCGGCCUGCUGUUUUUUUCUCUUUCUCUGGUUUCGCCGAUCACUCUGGAAUGGUCCGUCUUUUGUCCCCUGGGCCGUCUCCGCUCCAGCAUGGGAACUGCGGUGUCCAGGAAGAAGAGCGCGAGGAGUGAUGCGAUAUCGUCAGUGGCCGCAAAAGUUCGAGCAGCCAGAGCACUGGGAGAUUACCUGUCCAAUUCAGAGCGCUGCAACGGAGCAGAACACCUGUUGUCUGAUUCCUUCCUUGGCCAGAACUGUGACUCUCCUGCGACCAGCCGCUUACAUAACAACACUUUGCAUUUGCAGUCCCACCAGUUUCCUGUCGAUCGUGCCUAUUCUCAUCAACAGUCUCAGCAAGACCUCCAGGCUCCAGCACCUCCUGGUUUCUCCAAACGUCAGCUCUCUGUUGCACACAGCUUGUCUGCAGAGGACCCACGAGUUUCCAGAGGCCCAGAGGAGAGCGAAGUGGUGAAGCCAGCCAGGGUUUACACCAUCACCAGGGAGGGAGGGAUGACGCUGGGGGGACGUGGCAGCGAAGCGAGCCUGGAGCUGGUGGCCCUAAAAGGCUCCAGGGAUCAGCCUUUGUCCCAGGCCGCGACCAGCCAACCCUCCUCAGCAGCCGCACACGGCAGCCGCCAUCACAGCAGCCGCCAGCGAAGCCACCAGCCGCCACCAGCGCAGCCUCUCCAAAGCCCUGGCAAUGUCAACAGUAUGAGGAGAGACUUCCUUCCAGAUUGCAUCAGGGCUCCAUGCCAAAGCCAGCGCUCCCUUGACCUGCACGGCUCGCCUCGAGAUGGAGGGAGGCCCCGCAAGAAACUGGAGCGGAUGUACAGCGAGGACAGAGCGUGUGCUGACGACAGGGCAGAGGAUCCCAGCAGCUGGUUCCCCAAAGAAAAUAUGCUGAGCUUCCAGACCGCCAGCACCACCCUGCAGGCGAAUUUUCGCAAACACCUUCGAAUGGUGGGCAGCCACAGGACGAAGGCUCAAAUGACGCAGCCUGGAGCAUCCUUCCCUGUGUCGGCAGUGACAUCCUUCGCCGACCGGAGAGCCAAGAGCUUCAGCCGCUCGUGGAGUGACCCGACCCCUGUCAAGCCCGAGUUACUGCACGACUGCAGAGACAGUGGUGAGCUUCAGGCCUCCUCAGGGACACUAGAUGAAGGGCUGGAUGCAGAGUGGGAGGAUGACAGGCUUCUGGAGAGAGUGGCUUGCGAAGGAGAAGACUUCAUCCCACCAAAAGUUGUGCUCAUAUCCUCCAAGGUCCCUAAGGCUGAAUAUCUUCCCAACAUUAUCCGCAGAAAUGACCCGUCCAUCAUUCCCAUCCUUUAUGAUCAUGAACAUGCCACGUUUGAUGACAUCAUUGAGGAAAUAGAGAAGAAGCUGACCGCAUACAGAAAAGGCUGCAGGAUCUGGAACAUGCUCAUUUUCUGCCAGGGAGGUCCAGGACAUCUGUACCUGCUGAAGAAUAAAGUAGCCACCUUCGCCAAAGUGGAGAAGGAAGAAGACAUGUUACAGUUCUGGAGGCGGCUCGGUCGGUUGAUGAGUAAACUGAACCCGGAGCCCAAUCUGAUCCACAUCAUGGGCUGCUACGUGUUGGGCAGCGUCAAUGGAGAGAAGCUCAUUCAGACUCUGAAGAGGCUGAUGAGACCCUCCUCGGUUGAAUUCAAGUCCCCUCUAGAGUUGUCUGCACAGGGAAAGGAGAUGAUCGAGUUGUACUUUGACUUCCGCCUGUUCCGCCUGUGGAAAACCCGUCAGCACUCCAAGCUGCUGGACUAUGACCACCUGUGAUGUCACGCCCACCGUACGGUUGAGCGGUUGUUAUUUGGUUGAAAGGUUGUCCUACAGACACCUGGACCAGCUCUGAGAUGCAGGAGCAGAGUCUUCUGUCUCCCUGAAGCAGCACAGCGGUUGUGAUUCAGCUACUGUGGGCUUUUUGUCUAAAGGGAGAGAAGGGAAGGCUCAUCGGUGGAUCCUGAACAUGAGCCGCCCACGUUUAAACAACGGAGAGAAGGACUUUAGAGGACAAUCUUCAUUCAAGCUCAUUUGCUUUAAUGUUGAUAAUAUCUUAGCGUAAAGUUGAGCCUUAGAUAAGAUUUUCAGCUGUACAACUCUAGAAACAGUCAUUUUCAGAGUCUGUUGAAGCAGCUUACUCACGUUUUUAGAGACUGUUGUAUUAACUCAGGUUUAACGCUCGUUUAAUCCUUCUUUUUGAGAAAAAGAUGGAGGUCUUCUACUUUCUUAGUCGCUCUGGUCAGCUGUAGUCGAGCAGACAUAUUUCUGUGUCCUGGCACUGAUCCUGGACCAGCUCUUGGUUCCCAGGUUCUGUCACACGUCUUCAUAUUGUGUGUUGUAUAUUCAGCUGAAUUUCAGUUUAGUGUUGCUUUAGAACCUGAGACUGAAUUUGGAUCAGUAGCAGUAGAGCGGUGGAGGAAGCUGUGCUGUGUUUGACAGACAGAACUUCUCACACAUUGUGCAUUCAACUCAUUUUCAUGGAUAAAGCUUAAACUGCUUGAGUUUCAGUUCUACUUCUUCCUGAAGGUGGAGACACGUUAAAAAACAGAAUUGUGCUGGAAAUGUAACUGGAUCAAUUUCUAUUUCUGAUAAGGAUCCGAAAUGAAACCGUUCUACAGUAAGCUCUGAUGCUUUGAAUGGUUUUUAGACUGGAAGGGAUUGGAACGAUUCAAAAGAAAUUACACUUUUACUUUGCAUUUACAUUGUAGGUUAAGCAAGGAGCAUAUGCUUCCAUAUCCCAGCUUCCUUCCUUCCUUCCUUCCUUGCUACCUUCUAUGCUUCCUUCUUUUCUUCCUUCCUUCCUUCCUACCUUCCUUCCUUCUAUGCUUCCUUCCUUCCUACCUUCCUUCCUCUUUUUUUGUCUAUUACCUGUGUGUUCGCGUUGCUUCCUGAUCGAUGCUGCUCUCUCCAUGUGGUGCAUAAACAAUCUACACAGAGCGCUUGUACAUGCACAUUUAGUUCUUGGAAAAGACUGAGAACAUGCCAUUAUUACAUUAUUAUGUGGUACGUUUGCUAAUCAUCAUUCCUGGGGCCCUGCUGUACAGCAGAGCUAUGUUUGCUGGAGAUGAGUUGGCAAACUCCUGGUUUUCAUAUAGAAGAUACAACCUGAGCAUUAAACUCUUCUUGCUACUGUAGUAACUGUUCAUAUACUGUAACAACGCUACCUCUAAUUUCACCUGAUACCUGAUAUGAAACACAAGCUGUUUGAGCUGUUGAAUUUCACUUCUGUGUCAAGUCAUCAUUUGAUGAUGUUUAAUAUUAUUGCCAGUAACUUAGCAACAGCCUGUUGGUCUGUACGAAUGGAGGCUGUUAUACUUAUUAAUUAAUUUCCCAACCUCCUGAAAAUGUACAGUUUCUUAGUAAAUUUUAACAUCUCCUACAACUAAUAUGUGAAAAACUGUUUGAUACCAGGUUUUCCUUCUUUUUUCUUCCAGCUCAGAUGCUUACAUGUGUUUACAUGUUGUGCCUAGAAAUAAGCUCUGACCUUUGUACCUACUAUACAUUCAUGUUGAAACCUAUUUGUUUCUGAAUCAUAUACUCACCAAAUCUUUCUUCUGUAGCAAUAUAGUCCUUAGGAACCUUUGUGUAUGAUAGAGCAGCAGAAAGCAUCUGCUUCCUGUAUCUUCUACUGGAGGAAGUGUGACUUAGAAUCAAUUCCAUGUUAAAAACCUGAGCGUCACAGACAGAAUGUUAUUCAAAAGCUUCCUUUGUUCAUGAUGCACAGAUUCUGUCUGGGGCAGGACUCGCUCUUUGUGUUCUGCUGAUGACGCCUGUGGGCCCAUGUAGACUCUCUGUUUCUACUGUAUGUUUAUUCAGAUCAUGUUCAUACCAGCACAGUUACAUGUAACGAGUAUAGGGAGACAUUACGGCUAAAUUUCUCAGUGAGUGCUAGGCAGGAUUCUGCAGACUAGUGUUUGAUUAAUCAUGAUCUUUGACCUGCAGGAGGGCACAAGGACUCUGGUAUUCAUAACCACACUAGCAAGUAAUCUUUACCAAAGCCAACCUUCAACACCUCCCUUCAGCAGGAACUGAACCCACUCCCUGACUCAACUGUUGCUGCUCUCUCCCUCACUCUGCCCUGGUUGGGCUUGAUGAGAACUUGACCUCCUGCUGCUUUGAUUGCUCUGACAACGCCAGUUGUCAUGUGACUGUAUUUUAAGAAGAGUCUAACUGAGCAUUAAUGGACUAACACACAUAAGAGUCUUACAAUUAAUCACUAACAGAUUUAUUCAUUUAAUUAUCAGCCACAUGUCUUGAUAAUCAAAGUUAUGCUUAUAAUAAUAAUAAUAUAAUAUAGCAAAUACUGCAACUGUACAUGUGAUGUAAUACUAGUGAUAGUUACAUAUCUGGUAGCUUUGAUGAGCGUCUGGGUUCUGUCUUACAGAACAGUAGUGAAAGAACUAAUCCAAGAAGGCAAAUCAUUGUAAAACCAAGAACUGAGCCAAGAACUGUUCCAGUUGCACAACAUCGUUACUUGCCGUGGGGAUAUUGGUGUUUCUGAAGCAUUUUUCUGAUUAAACCUUAGUUCUACUGUA